AUGGCAUUUGGCGCCGUCAUUCUGGAGCAGAUCUCCUGUUUGAAGCUGACUCGCCGCCCCAUCGAUUUUCCUCUUUCAAAAGAUCCCUUGUCAGGUGGAUUCAGCAGUCGCCACAGAUUUUGCGAAAUGCCAAGCCGGCGCGAUCAAGCAAGAAAGAGCGAUUCACGCAAAAGUGGAAAAAGUGAACAGGAUCAACAGGACCAGGAAGAACAACCUCAAAAAUCGCAGAAAGGAAAACAAAAGCAUCAGCAGCAACAACAAGAAAAUGAUAGAGAGAGAGCAGAUGACCAAGAGGACGACCCGUGUGGAAGACGGGCGAACUCUCAGGAGCAGCGGCAGCAGCAGCAACAGCAGGGUAGUGGUCAGCAACAGCAAUGUCAAGGCCAACAGUGUGCUCGAAAAUCGUGUCAACAACAGCAAGCUCCUAAUGAGCUCAAUGAUUGCGUCAAAUGCGGCCAGGAGACCACUGAGGGUCAGGCUAUAAACUUCAAUGGUCGUAAAUGGCAUCCUGAAUGCUUCACCUGUAAUGGCUGUUGCAUGGUGCUUUCAAAGGUGUCCUUCUUUCUGGAUGGUGAAAGAAUCUUCUGCUCAAGUUGCUGGGCGAGAAAUGUCAAGAGUAAUUGUUCUCGGUGCGAUGAUGAAAUCACCGGUGAUGCUCCGGUGGUCAACUUCGGUAUUCGACGCUUCCAUAAGUCCUGCUUUAUCUGCUCGAGGUGUCGGUGUGAUUUGGCCGGCCUACAAUUCUGUAUCAAGGGCAACGAAUUCACCUGCCAGCAAUGCAUGUAA